GGGAAUGGAAACAUCUACCCCACGUGCCGGAAGCCAGCUCGCGCCGACGGCGGCGCGCCACUCCGCGUCCUGCCGCGCCGGGCCCCAGCGGCUGUCAUCGCGAGAGGAGCUCGCCGAAAUGGCCGCAGCCAGUCAAGGAAACUUUGAGGGAAAUUUUGAGUCACUGGACCUUGCAGAACUUGCUAAAAAGCAGCCAUGGUGGCGCAAGCUGUUUGGGCAGGAAUCUGGGCCUUCAGCUGAAAAGUAUAGUGUGGCAACCCAGCUGUUAAUUGGAGGUGUCACUGGAUGGUGCACGGGUUUCAUAUUCCAGAAGGUUGGAAAGUUGGCUGCAACGGCUGUGGGAGGUGGAUUUUUUCUACUUCAGCUUGCGAACCAUACGGGCUACAUCAAAGUGGACUGGCAGCGGGUAGAGAAGGACAUGAAGAAAGCCAAGGAACAGCUGAAGAUCCGCAAGGGUAACCAGAUACCUACGGAGGUCAAAAGCAAAGCAGAGGAGGUGGUGUCGUUUGUGAAGAAGAAUGUUGUAGUAACUGGUGGAUUUUUCGGAGGCUUUCUGCUUGGCAUGGCAUCCUAAAGAGGAUGACUUCACUUCCAUUAUUCCUGGUUUUCCCAGCCAGCAGCCUCUUCACUCCAUCGUGGCAUAUCUGAAUGGCUUCUGUAGGCAUCUGUUGGUACAAGUUGAUAACGGCCCUACCGUGACCUCGACGGCAACGGAAGAGACAGUAGACGUUAGUUCUCCCAGCGCACUCCCCCCUUGACUAAUCUGUACGUUGGCAAGCGUAUUCCUUUCCUCCCCUGUGUGAAAUACUUAGCAGAACAUGGCCCAAGAUGGCUCACCGUGGAGGAUGACUGGAUCCUCAAAGGUUGUCCCAAACUUGAUUCAGAAAAGAAAUAACAAGCAUGUAAGACACCUUAUGUUCUACAUGGAAAGGAGCUGAAUACAUUUGCCUUUAAGCAUGAAAGAUUUUGGUAUCUCGGUGUCUACUUUCUUUCUUAGUGGCUGUUAGGUUACAGAAUAGCAGCAUGUGCGCUGCAGUUGAAAAGUCUGAACAUGGGAUGAACUUGCACUCAAGGUCCAUAUGCUGAGCUGAAGGUACUGUGUUUGGGGGCAAGGUCUUUAGGGAGAGCAACCAAUAGAUACAUUUACGAUGGUCAGAGUUAGUGAAUCAUUUAGAGGCAUUCAGGUAUUAUCUAGGGAUGUUUGCCGCCAUACAAGAUAGUGCAUCUCAUGGUUGUUUCCAAAGGGUUUAUUUAUGGUAAAAUAAGUGACUUUAGGUGGAAGAGGGAAGAAGUGCUUCGAUUUUUAUUUAAUAGGAAAAGUUUUAAGCUUUGAAAUGUGCAGUAUUCUUUACCUCUUGUCAAAGCGUCAGGGGUAGCUGUAGCUCUGUGCCAAUUCUAGUGUUUCUUUAUCCAGUUAGUAUGAGAUAUAACAUUUCAACCAGAGUGUUUAAAUGGUGGCAUUCCAAGCAUUCAGAGUUGAGAACAGUAGCAAUCGCAGUAGCACAUGUGAAAUAAAUUAUUUCCAUCACCAAAGGUAAUAGAUGACUCCAACUCUUAUAAUUUUUCUUUAAAAUAAAAGUUUAUAGAGACACCCAUGCUUAGAAACUUAACACAUUUUUCUGUAAUGGAGCCCAGCACUUAAUAGGUCCUAGUAUCUGUUGGAUAUGUGAAUAAUGAGCAGACAGCAAAGUGUCUGCGAAAGGGAGUGACCUACAGGAGUUUUGAGGGUUUAUGAGUUCUGAAAAUGGAGAAAACUUGGAGUAACUUCUUAAACUUGCAGGUGAUCCCUUGCAAAACGUAUGUUUUUAAGGCCUUCCUUUUAAAGUGUUUGCCUUUUAACUUAUUUUGCUUGGGAAUGAUGUAUUGAAUGUGGAAAUUGUAGCUACUGGUGGGUGUGUGGAAUUUUUUAGAAGUCAUCCCUUUGCAUUUUUCUCCUUUUAUUAUGCUAGUAUUUUAAGGCAACAUUAAGUUGUUUUACUUGUAAUAUGUAUGAAUUAUGUACAAAUCAUAAUGGCAUGAGCCGCAUUGUUCCAUAUUUUUGUACAAGAACUCAAAAUUUUUUUCACUUUUUAUUAUGGAAACGUUCAAAUACAUAUAAAAGUACAGAAAAUAGUACAGUGACCCCCACGUAUGCAUCACCCACCUAUAAAGAUCAUGCAGUUAUAGCUUGUUUUAUCAGUUGUUUUGAAACAAAUACCAAAUGUGUCAUUUUAUUAUAUGUUGGUAUGUGUCUGUAAAAGGUAAGAACUCUUCUUAAAAAUCAUAAAUACAGUAUGCUGUUAUCAUACCCGUCUGACCCUACCCAUACCAAUGGAAUGGGGGCCGCAGAACCUCACGUGUGCCUUGUGCCCCUUUGGGUUGCAGGGAGUGGGGAGUGGCCUCUCUAGUGGGCUGAGGGUGGCCUCUCUCCAACUGUUUUUCCUGUGAUUAUUGGUGAUGGCAGCAAAAAUUAGCAGGUUGCUCUAAGCUGCCUUGAGCGGGUUAUAAUAGAUAAUAGACUGAAAUAAGAUUCUAGCGUCCUCCUGAGGGACAUGGUUGAGGUCAGUAUUGCAGGUUGGCCUCAUCCUGUCGCAGUGAGAAUGGCCUUGAGUCCUGCCUGCUGAGCGGGGCCACCGCGGGGGGCCGUGCAGAGUGGGUGCUGAGGUUGAACAGGCUGAUGGUCUGGUGCACCUCACUGGUGGCACUCAGAAGCGCUCCCUCAGGCAGUGAGGGGAGCCUCUCAGUGGAGGCCCUGUUGUCAGCAGCUUAGCUUCAGGUGGUGAAGUGAGAUUUCCCCCCAAAGAACAGCCGCCACCCCUUCACGCAAAAGUGAGAGACCAGGACCACGGGUGCUCUGUUUUCAUGUGACUGGCGAGGCCUGUUUCAUGAGGCGUGUUCCUCCAGUACACAGAAUCCAGUGACCUGCUGGACCUCCUUUUUAGUGUUGGGGUUGAAGAGAUGGCAGCUUUUCUUUGGCAGAGGGCGUAAGCAUUUUCAGGUGUCACUUGGACCGUGUUCGGAUUUCGGCCCCCCUUGCUCGGGGCUUCCCUACCUGUAGUUUGGCCUGGACUGGAAAAGCUCUGGCAGUUGGUGGCUGGAGCGCCUGUGAGGCUUUUCUCCCUUCUCGCUGCUCACCCCAGAGCCCCCGUGUGCUCCUUCUGUCCCCUCCCGGCAUCCCUGCCGCUCUGGGCCACCCUUGUGAUAGACCAGGUGGGAUGGGGAGCUGUAAACAGAGGAGAAGGACUUGGAUCCUGGGGCAUUUUUGCUUUCUGGCUGCUGCCCACUCCAGGCCAUGCCUUCAGUCUUGCUAAGGCUCUGUGUCCUCAUUGCUGACGUGGUGUGAGCUUGUCAUGAGUGUCACCGUCACUGUUAUAACAUACAAGCCAGACUUUCCUCCUGCUGCCUGUCUGGGCCACUUGUCAGCUCCCGCCACUCAUCCCCAGGACAUUCAUCAACAGGAUGGGGGUCUCGACUCCUGUCCCUGGCCUGCCCCUGGCAGAGAAGCCUCCCUACUGGACCUGGCAGAACACAGGACACAACUAAAGAAGUGAAUCUUGCAUAAUUCUAGCUAACAUACUCUUGGGGUGGGUGCUUGUGAUUUCGAAAUGUGUAACUAUUGUAAAAAUGUUCUCUCCAUCAUCCUUUUGUUUGACAUAUGCCAGCAAGAUCGACAUGACUAAUGGUUGCACUCUUAUUUGAAACCUCUACUUUUGUGUUUCGCAAAUGCAAUAAAUUUCUGGUUGAAAAAAAUGGUAUGGGGAUAGAUUUGAAAUAUCUGAGAAUCAUUAAUGUUUCAUGAUGAAACAUUAGUUUCUUCUCUCAGGGAAACUUACUUGAGGCCAGGUUUGGACCCUGCAGGCACAAUUAGGCUGCUCCUCUCUGCUGCCUUUGCCAACUUAACCAGCUUCAUUUCUUUGUAAUGGUUCCAGGUCUGGGGCCUUCUUAAUCACUUGUGCCAUAGUAGUGUGAUCUCUUGGAGAACUGGGCAGAAAACCUACCUUAUUCUGGACCUCAUUUCCCAGAAAUCAUACAGUGUGGCUUACGUCUCUGAUAUUUGAUACUUAAGGAAUCAUGAAUUUCAAGAGCACUGUUUUUCUAGUGAAAACUGACAGUGUUGCACUUUCUUCACAUUUUUAGAAAACUGUAAAGUCAGCUUAUUAAACCACCAAAACUCUACCUUCCUGAAUUUGAAAUGGUAAAAAAUGCCAUUAUGAUGAUUGAGACGGUGGUUCGCAUCCUGGCUUGCCUGGCUGCCCGUCCCGGAGACUGUGAUUGCACUGGUACUGGCUGGGCAGCCUCAGAUGUUUGAGGGGCAG